GAACGAUGUUGGAGACUAUCGACAAAGCUGUCCGCAUACUCCGACGCGUUCGAAGGCUGAAAGCCAGUUCAAUCACCGUGACGAAAUUGGCUCACGACAUUGAGCUUGUCCCAAUGUCCGGAGGAUCGGAGAUAUCAACCGCAGAAACGCAAGCUGUAACAAAAGAAACGGAAGUUACGUGGAGCGACAAGAAACGACGCGCCGUCAUCCAGUACGUGGCCAAACACAUAGGACCCGACUGGCCAAGCCUGUUCUACUCUUUGCCUUUCUCACCUCCCAGGGGUCGUCUUGAACUGGAGGCUAUGGCGACUCGACUGAUGCGAAGUUCGCCCAGGGGAGACCAUACCGUGUUAGCUCACAACGCACUCAAUCAAUGGUGUCAGAUGAAUUUGACGGCAGAUCCACAGAUGUUGUGUCAAACGUUGAUGCGCAUUCACCGGGUGCAGCUAGCCAAAUGGGUGUGUCGGAAAUGCAAAAUGCAAUUUAGUGAAGCUAUCUCGAAAAAGACAGUGGAGUGGAUUUCUUCCGGUGGACGGAAAACUGUGGUGACCCCGACACAUUUGACCCCAAUCUCUUCGUCCGAACUGCAUCCAUCGUCAUCGCCUCCGUCAGCCUUGACUCUAGCGAUCAACAGAUUGAUUGCGAAGUCUACUGGUCAGGAUCACAUGAGGGACUUAUCAACUGAUGAAGGCACGACUAACACUAAAACGCUCCCCAAUUAUUUCAAGUGGUACGGACUUCCGGUAGCUAUGAAAACUGUUCGGAAACCAAAGCCAAUUGUGAACGGUUCUACAUCAAAAAAUGAAAGAGAGGUGCCCAACAACUGUGAUGUAACUGUCUCAAGUUUGCUGUAAACAUUUGUGUCUAUAUUACAGAAAAGUUCUAAAA